AUGCCGCUAUUCGAACGCGCAGAGAACGUGACGGUCAACGAUGGAGAAUUCGUCGACAGCAGCGUUUACUACAUUACCCAUCAUCAUCACCACCGCCACUACUACCAAUGCCCUUGGAGCGGACAAUGUGUGCCCAGGAGGGAUGUGGAGGGGUCGAGAGGUCAAGGAAGUCGGAGCGCCGACAGCGCUCAAAGAGGUAUGCCUGCCCUGGCUAGGUUUGACGAUGAUGGUAGACUUAUUGAACUGGGUUCGACCACUGUAGAGCUGUAUACCAUUGAUGAAAGGAGUGAACCGGACGAGCAGGUGCCAGCGGAAAUACCAGGGCGGGAGGGUGUAGAAAGCGACGAAGAGGACGACGACGACGACGAUGUGCACAGCACUUGGGCGCUCAGGCAACACGAGGCACGACGUCGACGACGAGGAGCUCAUCCUCAAUCUCAAUCUCAACUCGACGAUGACGACCAAGGUUCUAUUGUGAACUACGGAUUGGGCGCAGUUAGUACGAUUAGGGGGACGACUGUGGAGGGCCCAGGGGGGCAUUCACACGUCCACGAUCUUGGGGAGAUUCAGCCUCGCGAUCUUAUAUACCUGGCCCGCAUUGGCUGUUUCGUUUCCCAAAGUGGAUUGAGUACGGCAGAUUAA